GACGAUUUUAUGGCUAUGUACCAAAUGAACUACGGAUAUCCACAAACACAAGUAUCGAAUGAAAUUGAACAGCCCGAUACUGCUAUAAAUCAACAAGAAAUAGACAACCCCAAAGAGAUUGCGAAGAAACGGUCGAAUCAUAAAAAGAAGGAAGUAGAAAAAUUAGGAGACAUUGACCAACAUUUGCUUGAUGUGUUGGGAAAAGAUGAAAUUGGUGGGUGUCCGAUAAAUCCUGUGAAUACUGGGAUCAAACGAAGUGCAAAUCAGGACUGGUUUGAAGUAAAUGAUGAAAACAACAAAAGUGUUUAUGUUAGCAACCUGCCAAAAGAUAUCACUUUGGAUGAAUUUGAAGAAUUAAUGAAGAAAUAUGGACUUAUUGCCAAAGAUUUACUGUCAAAUAAACUAAAAAUACGCUUAUAUACUACCAAGGAAGGAAUUAACAAGGGAGAUGGACUCUGUACAUACAUAAGGAUUGAGUCAGUGACACUUGCCUUGAAUAUUUUGAAUGAUUAUAAUUUCAACGGGAAUUUGAUUAAAGUAGAGAGAGCAAAAUUCGAAAAGAAAGAAAAUUUUGACCCCUCAAAGCGACCUCGAAAACUCACCAAAAAAGAGAAAAAACGUCUUAAAGGGCGGGAAGAAAAGUAUAUUUAA